AUGGGAGACCCCAUACACAAUAUAGAUGAUGAAUUCGACGACCAUCCGUCUCUCUCUGCUUCCUUGGACGACUUUGACCACGAGAACCAUGUGUCCCCUCUUUACGGCAUCCCGUCGCAGCAUUCAGGAUUCAAAAUGGAGGAUUCCGAAACCGACGCCGACUCUGCCGGUCCAUGGAUGCCGCCCGCCUCAUUUCGCAGAACCGCCAACGGAAGCACAUGGCUUCGGCAGCCUCUUACAUUGCCAAACGUACCCGGUCUGCGAUCGCGCGAGAUGAGUCCCCAGUAUGAAAGUGCCCUGGAAGGCGAUACAGCAGUACAGGCGGAUGAGCUACCCCUAGCAGCAGAGACGCCAGUGAAAAAACGGUCUCCGAGCCCUGAUCCAUAUCCGCAAAAUGCUCCAGAUUUUGCGCGCACUUUUACCGAUUCGAACCAGACUGUCCCUGCACCCGAGAAUCAGAAUCAGAAUGGCAAUAAUUACAUUCGCUUUGCGGUCCGCGCCGAGGUCCAACAUCGAACGGAGCCAUUUGAAGCGGCCUUCUGCUACAUGCGCGACAAGGUUGAUUUAAUCACGUCAUCCCGCCGUACCGCCCUGUUCGCCGCUGGAAUGGCCAUCCUAUCCAUUUUGUUUAUGCGUGUGUUGUUCCAGCCUCCGCCUCCAGCGCCUGUGCCAGAUCUCGUCAAAGUUGCCGGUCUUGCCAAGUCAUUUGAGCCACUGAUAUUCUAUUCCGAAAACGGCGUGCAGCAAAUUGGAGAUCUCCAGGAGACAGGUGUUGCUGUGUGGGAUCUGGGAGAGAGCGUCCGCUCAGCAAAUAUGACCUCUGCUCCCUUGAUUGUGCGUGAAUUGGACGAUCUCAGUGAGAGUCUUAAAACUUUGGCCAUUGAGCUCACCAAGUUCUUUGCAAAUGUGGAUGGUGAUGUUGACAGCAUUUUGAUUGUCAUGGAGUGGGCCAAACGCGAAUUGACACAGGUCUCUUCACUUCCCAUGACGUCAUUCACUUCGGUGUUUGACAAUGUCCAUUCACUCUUUUGUCGCAUUGGACUUUUUGAAUCGUCGACUGGAAAACCCACUACUAUGGGCAAGCUCGUCACGGAUCUCUUUGGCCAGACAGGUCGGCAGCGCACUCGUCAGACUCUUCAAAGAACCUUUAAUGAAUUUCUGUCUGUCCUUGAGGAAAGCAUCAACACAGAGCUGACCUAUUCAACUGCGCUCUUUGCCUUGUUUGAAGCCAUUGACAAGCAAUUCCUCAACCUUCAACGGACGGUGAUUCGAGAAUCUGAUCAGCAGGAACGUGAGGAAGGCGAAUUACUCUCUUCAUUGUGGACACGCGUACUUGGACCCAAUGCCGCCCAGCUUCGAAAGUACGAAAAGAACCGCCUCUUGUUGUCCAAUGUUCGCGAGAAGACUGUCCGGAACAAGCACAUUUUGGUUGACCACAACGGCAAGCUGCUGACCUUGAAGAGCAACUUGGAAAUCCUUCGCCGCAAGCUAGUCAGCCCACUUGUCCGCAGCAAUGAUUCAAGUACUCUUUCUGUGGAGGAGCAGAUUCAUGGACUGGACGGCACGUACAACCACCUGCGUAUCGUUCGCGAGCGACAAAAGGCGAAACUCAUGGAGAUGCUUUAUGGAGCGGGAAAAAAGCGCGUUGGCAUUGGCAGAGAAGGGUCGACCGCGAGUGAAGACUAUGGAAUUGAAGCAGCUUAA